AUGUCCGCCACCACUGUCUCCCCUGCUGCCAGUGAUGAGACGACCGGUCUCAGCAAGCAAUAUGACACGCCGUUGGGGCUCGCCCACAGCACCAUGCAGGCGCUCAAGGACCGCAUCAAGCUGCACUAUGACCUUGCCAGCGACUACUAUCUGAACCUGUGGGGCGAGCACAUCCACCACGGCUACUGGCCGACGGACGAGUCCAAGGCCUCCGACUCGAAAGAAACCGCCCAGCUCAACCUGAUCCGCCUCCUCCUCGACAUCUCCCACCUUUCCCCGGACGAGAGCAGCACCGCUGGAACCAAUGCAAAACCCCUCCGCAUCCUCGACGUAGGCUGCGGAAUAGGCGGCACAACCCGCUACUUGGCCAGCACACUGGGCGCAACCGUAACAGGCAUCACCAUCUCAAGCAAGCAAGUCCAUAUCGCUACGCGGUUGAGCAAAGCCGCCGCCUCCUCCUCCUCCUCCUCCUCCUCCUCCUUUUCAUCCGCCACCACUCCUACCCUCAGCAGUAGCAGUAGUACCCCUGCAAACGGAGGCGCCCAAGCCCAUGAUGAUGAUGAUGAACCUUCCUCCUUCAUCCCCCUCGGCCCAAAGGGAGGCAAAGUCCGCUUCAUCGAGCUGGACGCCGAGAAGAUGGGCGAGUUCUCCUCCUCCACAUCCUCUUCCGAAAGAGACGGGCAAGAAGAAGGCAGUGGUUGUUUCGACGCCGUCUGGAUCAGUGAAGCGCUGUCCCACUUCCCCAACAAGGCCCUCUUCUUCCAGAACGCGCACACGCUCCUUCGCCCUGGAGGGAAGCUUGUGCUGGCGGAUUGGUUCAAGGCCGAGGGGCUGGACCAGCGGGCGUUUGAGGCUGAUAUUAAGCCUAUCGAGGAUGGGAUGCUCCUCCCGCCGCUGUGUACGCAGCAAGGGUAUAUCGGCCUGGCUACAGGUGCCGGGUUGGAGGUGUUGAGCGAGCCGAAGGAUAUUAGUAGGGAUGUUAGUAAGACUUGGGACAUUUCGUGGUCAUUGGUGCAGAACCCUUCCCUGUGGGCAUUCGCCUUCAGCCAGGGGCGAGACGGCGUUGCCUUCCUGCAAGCUUUCCGCGCCAUGAGGAGGGGCUAUGCGAAUGGGAGCUUCCGGUAUGCCGUCAUGUCAUUUGUGAAGCCGUGA